AUGCUGGACCCGUCCGGGCAGCCGAUGUGCCGCAUGGCGGCGAAGCGCGGCAGGUGGUACCUCGCAAAGGGGCUGGCGAGCCUGCUGCCCGAGGGGGACCCGCUCGCUGCUCAGGCGCCGGGGCGGACGAUCCGGCUGCACUUCGAGCCAGGCGGGCCGGGGAACGCUGCCGAGCCGUGGCUGCUCGCCGGCAAGCGCAACGCGCACGGCGUGUCGCGGAGCCCCGCGCCGCGGCGGCAGGCGCUGGGCCAGGAGGAGGCGAAGGCCCGCUCUGCCGCCCUCGCCCUCUCCUCGCACCACGGCGCGCGGAUCCCCGCCGGGAGGCAAGCCGCGUGCAGCGAGGAGGGCGGCGUGCGAAUGCGGUCGCUCCUCACCGCCGUUCUCGAGUGA